AUGCUGCAGCAUCCGACCAGCGAUUACUACGAGCUGUCGGCGGCGGCCGCCAAACAAACGCCCCCAACAUUCAGCCCUCAGGGCGGGGGCGGGGGAGGUGGUGGUGCGGGAACGUUGGUGAUCAACAGCAAUAACAACAACAACAACAGCAAUAGUGUGAACAACAACAACAACAAUAAUGGGGGCAGCGCCACGACCGACGCCGAUCUGGAGCUGAUCGCGCAGAAUGGGACCAGCGUGAGUGCGGCUGAUCGCGAAUCGUUGCCGAGUUUCGGCUUCACCCAGGAGCAAGUGGCGUGUGUGUGUGAGGUUCUACAGCAGGCAGGUAAUGUGGAGCGACUAGGCCGGUUUCUGUGGUCCCUGCCGCAGUGUGAUAAGCUGCAGCUGCACGAGUCCGUGCUGAAAGCGAAGGCGGUAGUUGCGUUCCAUCGGGGCAACUUCAAGGAACUGUACCGUCUGCUCGAACACCACCAGUACUCACCGCACAACCACGCCAAACUACAAGCCCUGUGGCUCAAAGCACACUACGUGGAAGCGGAGAAGCUUCGCGGUCGACCACUCGGAGCGGUCGGAAAGUAUCGAGUUCGGCGCAAAUUUCCCUUACCGCGCACAAUCUGGGACGGCGAGGAAACGAGCUACUGUUUUAAGGAAAAAUCAAGAUCGGUCCUGCGCGAUUGGUACACCCAUAAUCCGUACCCAUCGCCGAGGGAAAAACGGGAGCUGGCCGAAGCGACCGGAUUAACGACGACACAGGUUUCAAACUGGUUCAAGAAUCGACGGCAACGGGACCGAGCAGCUGAGCACAAAGAUACCGGAGAGUCGGACAAGCAGCACCUGGACUCGUCGAGCGAUUCGGAUAUGGAAGGUCCAAGUUUGGCCUCGAUGGCCGGCGGAAAUGGUGUUGUAGGUCCCGGUGGAGUCCUUCACGCUACAUCCGGUGGUCUUCACUUGGGCACGAGCGGAGGCACUCUAACGUCCAACAGCGCCGGUGGAGGAACCACUCCGGGUGUCCUGGGAGGUGGCACGACGGGAGGAACCGGAACGGGAGGGGCCAGUGUUGGGCUUGGUUCCGGUGCUCUCGACCAUCACGCCACCCACCAACAUGGUGCCCAUACGCACCACUCACACCAUCAGGGCUCGGGCAAUGCGCACACGCCAGGAGGACAACCAGGACAGCAGCAACAUUCUCACUCGCAUUCUCACGCACACCAGCACCACCACCAGCAGCAUCAGCAGCAACAACAGCAGCAACAGCAUCAGCAGCAACAACAACAGCAGCAACAACACCUCCACCAUCACCACCAUCAUCACCAGCCGCAACCAUUGGGCACAAGGAACGGCAACCUGAUGAACAUCGCGCCCGGUGUUGGCAGCAAAUCGACAACGAUUGGGCAGCUGUCGGCGGCGGCCGCUUACUCGCACUUCCACAAUGUGAUGGGUUCAAUGCCGCUGUACGACAUCGGCGACUAUCAGCACUUAUGA